GGGGCCUUCUUCCGGCUGGGCGACAGACAGAAGGUGCUGCUCUGCUCCGAGCCCAGGGGUGCGGAGGGAGCCGGCGGGGCGGCUGGAGCCGAUGCAGGAGAUGCCUAGGACAAGGAGACCACUUUCUCAGGGCAAGAGGAAAAGGAGGUGACAGGCAUUGAGACUGCUGAAGGGAACCCAUGGCUAGGAUCAGUUUUUCCUACCUCUGUCCAGCUUCCUGGUACUUCACUGUGCCCACAGUCAGCCUGCUGCCUCGGCAACGGGCCUUCCUGGGGCUCUUCUUCAUAUCCUGUCUUCUGUUACUUAUGUUGAUUGUGGACUUUCGACACUGGGGUGCUUCAUUACCACGAGAUAGACAGUAUGAAAGGUAUCUGGCUCGAGUUGGGGACCUUGAAGCCACUGACACGGAAGACCCGAACCUCAGCUAUGGGCUGGUUGUGGACUGUGGCAGCAGCGGGUCCAGGAUAUUUGUCUAUUUCUGGCCAAAACAUAAUGGGAACCCCCAUGACCUAUUGGAUAUCAAACAGAUGAGAGACCGCAACAGCCAGCCAGUGGUGAAAAAGAUCAAGCCAGGCAUCUCCGCCAUGGCCGACACUCCAGAGCAUGCCAGCGACUACCUUCGCCCACUGCUGAGCUUUGCAGCUGCCCACGUGCCGGUGAAGAAGCACAAGGAGACACCCCUGUACAUCCUGUGCACGGCAGGCAUGAGGCUGCUGCCCGAGAGAAAGCAGUUGGCUAUCCUGACCGAUCUAGUGAAAGAUUUACCUCUGGAGUUUGACUUCCUCUUUUCGCAAUCUCAGGCGGAAGUGAUCUCUGGGAAGCAGGAAGGUGUUUAUGCAUGGAUUGGAAUCAACUUUGUUUUGGGACGAUUCGACCACGAAGAUGAAUCAGGUGCUGAAACACCCCAGGAGCUGGCAUCGGGGCGCAGAAGGACUGUAGGGAUACUGGAUAUGGGAGGAGCCUCUCUCCAAAUCGCUUAUGAAGUUCCUACCUCAACCACUCUCCUUCCUCCCAAGCAGGAAGAGGCUGCAAAGAUCUUGCUGGCUGAAUUCAACCUGGGCUGUGACGCUCAGCACACGGAACAUGUGUAUCGGGUCUAUGUCACCACCUUUCUGGGCUUUGGAGGCAACUAUGCCCGGCAGCGCUAUGAAGACCUGGUGCUGAAUGAAACACUUCACAAAAACAGGCUUCUGGGUCAGAAGACAGGUUUGAGUCCUGACAACCCCUUUCUGGAUCCCUGCUUGCCUGUGGGCCUCACUGAUGUGGUGCAGAGGAACAAUCAGGCCCUGCAUAUCCGGGGGAAGGGCGACUGGACCACUUGCGGGGCGCUGCUGAACCCCCUCCUGCUUCGCUCCAACACCAGCCAGGCCUCCCUGAAUGGCAUCUACCAGUCGCCCAUCGACUUCAACAAUAGCGAGUUCUACGGUUUCUCCGAGUUCUUCUACUGCACGGAGGAUGUGCUGCGCAUAGGCGGUCGCUACCACGGGCCCACAUUUGCCAAGGCUGCUCAGGAUUACUGUGGCAUGCCAUGGCCGGUUCUGACUCAGAGAUUCAAGAAUGGCCUCUAUUCAUCACAUGCUGAUGAGCAUCGACUCAAAUAUCAGUGUUUUAAAUCUGCUUGGGUGUACCAAGUCCUUCAUGAAGGAUUCCAUUUUCCCCAUGAUUACCCAAACCUGCGGACGGCCCAGCUGGUGUAUGACCGCGAGGUCCAGUGGACCCUGGGCGCCAUUCUCUACAAGACACGCUUCUUGCCACUCAGGGAUCUACGGCAAGAAGGGGUCCGGCAGGCCCAUGGGAGCUGGCUCCGUCUCUCCUUUGUCUACAACCACUAUCUCUUCUUUGCCUGUAUUCUGGUGGUGCUGCUGGCCAUCAUCUUGUACCUUCUACGGCUACGCAGGAUCCACCACCGGCACACUCGCACCUCAGCCCCAUUGGACAUGCUGUGGAUUGAAGAGAUGGUGCCCAUGAUUGCCGUACAGGUGGGCCCUUGAGACUGUCCAAACGAGGACUCCAGAAGCUCCAGGACUCCAGAGUUGCUGCUCUUUGAACUGAUGAUUCCACCACUUUCCUGUAAUAGCUCAGAUGCUGCGCUUGCCUGACUUCGGGGAUAUUUGACCUGGGAGUUUCUACUACAGAAUCAACUUGUCUUCCACCUCAGUUUCCAAUUUCCCUUCUGAAAGAAGCUGCACUUUAACUGGUGGAGAAUUAAACAAUAAGAGAUUGGUGCUUGCAAAGGGGACCAGCCUUAGUCCAACUGAAGUGUGAGACGCCUCCUUAUCUGAUAGAUCUGGUAUGUUCCUGGAUUUUUUUCCAGGCAGUGGGUAUACUGGAAGACUCGUUGAGACAAAACUAGGAGCAUCUGAAAAAGACAUUAUAGCAAGAGCAGCUGCCCUCUUCUCUGUAACAGAGAUAUCAGUUAUGUGGACUUCCACAGCCUUUAAUAGGGAUCUAAGUAUCCUACGGUUCCACAGGACAGAUAAGAACUGCCAGGCAACCAAAUGAUACAGCUUUCUUGCUUACUUGACAAAGAAGUCAUCAUGAAUGAUUCCCGACAUACAAGUGAUUCCAAGAUUCCCAACAUACAAAUGACUGAUUCUUAUAUGUGAUUUGUGAAUGAAUGCUGCCUGGAAAAGACUAGAAUGGGAAAAUAUUUUUUGUUUAUGUGUGCCUCCUAGGCUGUCUGGGCAUUAAUAUUUUUUUUUUGAGCCAUUAGCAAACUUGUAGAUUGGAGAAACUGUGAUUGGGUUUGGUUUCAAGACGCCGAGCCAUCUAGCCCUUAUAUGGGAUGACUCAGAGAGCUCCUUUAUUUUAUUGAUAAAAUCAGUAUGUAAGUUGGGAGGGGAUCAAAUGGUAGGGUUGUUGGUAAGGAAGGAUGGUAUCAGGACAGAGGGCAAGGUAGUAAGACACAAGUUCUUAUUUAGUAACAUUUUUCCUGAGAAGUAGAAAGGUUCUUCUUAUGAAUCUUGGACUAUCUCAAAGAAGCCAAAUCUAAGCUUAGAAUAUAGAGAAAUAUCCACUAAUAAGCCCAUUAGCAACUUUCAGAAUCAUUGUUAGAGGUGGUUGUAUUGAUUGCAUUUCUGCAGAUGAGGAGUGAGAAGAGAAAGGAAAGUUGCAUUACAAUGAGCUCUGUUGUCCUUUACAUGAGAACAGUUACUUUGCACAUGGGUUUCUUUCUCAUCCACUCCACUUCCCCUGUAGUCUUUACCCUCUGCCUUUCCUGAUGGAGUCUUGAUGGCUCUUAAGUAUAUGCUGCCAGGGCCAGAGUAGAUUGCUUCCUUUUGUUAUCUUUGAUUUCUAGGAUAGAUGAGUAGGGAAAUUGUCCCUAACUUUAAAGAGGGGAGAAAAGCUGAAUAAAGUCCAUACUGGGAACAGAAAGAAAUCAAAUGCCUCAUAAAACAGGAAAAAGCAAGCAGGCAAGACCCUCCUGUAAUAAAUGGGGAUGGAAAUCAAGUGGCUGAAGAGGUCAUAGACUUAUUGGUUUUCAGCAUUGAUAAAAAUGGAAUGUUGGAAUUUUUAUUUUAUCUUUUCAUUAAGACUCGUUAU